AGAGAGGAACCGGAAAAGAAGUGGGACCCUUUGCCACUAUGUGGGGAGGCUGGAAGCUGAACUUCUUUGGGGGUCGCUUUUUAAGAGUGCUUGGGUCUGGGUGCCGGGGCACACAGGCGGAGCGUCUUCGCCUAAUUUCCUGGGCCGAGAAUCAGCCCACUUGGACUCUACAAAUUAAACCAUGGGUUUUCAAUGAAUACAAAACCAUGUGGUUCAAAUCCUGUAGGAUGACCUUUUCCUGUUUGAAUAGAAUAAAAAAUUACAGGUCUCCUUGGAAAAGACUGUAUAGUACUUCACAGUCCACAGUUGACAGCAGUGAGGUAAAAACCUUCCGGGCCCUGGCUCACAAGUGGUGGGAUGAACAAGGAGUAUAUGCUCCUCUUCAUUCUAUGAACGACCUGAGGGUGCCAUUUAUUAGAGACAAUCUUUUGAAAACAGUUGCUAAUCACCAGCUAGGAAAACCUUUGUCUGGGAUGAAGAUUCUUGAUGUUGGCUGUGGUGGUGGAUUAUUAGCUGAACCUCUAGGGCGAUUAGGUGCUUCAGUUGUUGGAAUAGAUCCUGUGGAUGAAAAUAUUAAAACAGCACAGCACCAUAAAUCAUUUGAUCCAGUCCUGGAUAAGAGGAUAGAGUACAGAGUAUGUUCUCUGGAAGAAAUUGUGGAAGAGAAGGCAGAAACUUUUGAUGCUGUUAUAGCUUCUGAAGUUAUAGAACAUGUGAAUGAUCUAGAAACAUUUAUACAGUGCUGCUGUCAAGUGUUAAAGCCUGGCGGUUCUUUGUUCAUUACUACAAUCAACAAAACACAACUGUCCUAUGCUUUGGGAAUUGUUUUUUCAGAGCAGGUUGCAGGUAUUGUACCAAAGGGUACUCAUAUGUGGGAGAAGUUUGUUUCACCUGAAAUGCUAGAAAGUAUUCUGGAAUCAAAUGGUCUGUCAGUUCAAACUGUGGCAGGAAUGCUGUAUAACCCCUUCUCAGGUUACUGGCAUUGGAACAAAAAUACCAGCCUUAACUAUGCAGCUCAUGCUGUGAGAUCCAUGGUACAGGAACACACAGUGCCUGCUGCUAAUGCUGCCACCAGCCCAGGUGUGCACGAAGAGCUGAAGAAAUGAAUUGUUUCUGAGGACUAUAGUAUUAGGGCUGAAAGUCUGAUGUUUACAGAUUCAAAAAAAUAUACAACUUAUAUUUUGAGAGAGAAUCAUAAAUAAAAGGAGGUCGUUAAAAGAGCUA